GACGACGUACAACCAAACACGGAAGUAGUAAUGCAGCUAGCUGAUGUUAACUAACCAGUUUAUUUAUCGCACUUCAAAGCAUUGUAGCUAGUUUCAUACAGCUAAUAUCACCAGAUAUAACUUAUGAUAGGGUUAUGGUAACGUGAAUUAUUAUUCACUGGCUGGACUAGUUAAAGUAUGGAACUGUGAAACGCAGGAUUUCCGCCUCUGCCAGUUUAGGAGCUACAAUACUAGCCAGUUGUAGCAGCGCGUUAUCGUUAGAUAACAUUUCUCCCUCACAGCACAGCAAGAGACUGGAAUAACUCUGGCACAACAACAUAUUCUUUUGAGAUAUUUGAAGCCCAUUCACAAUGCAUGAGUUUGAUGAACGCCAACAGUCAAAAUGGCGGAGUCCUGGCUGUAACCAUGGUGACCAGAGCAGCAGCCUCCAGGGUCUCGAGAUGGUCCAUAGAUUUGACAUUGUAUUCAAAGAGGAGCCGGAAGGUGAUGAUCAUGCACCUUGUGGUCAGAGUAAUACUGGAAUGAGUCCUGCCUCCAGCCACGGCAGUGAGGAGACCACCUCUACAUCAGGAGAACCUGAGCAACACCAGGAGAACCACGACACAGCCACGACGUCUCACCAGGAGACCAUGAGACUCAUCAGACAGAAAUAUCGUCUCACCAGGAGACUCAUCAGACAGCCACGCCGUCUCACCAGGAGACUCAUCACACAGCCACGCCGUCUCACCGGGAGACUCAUCAGUCUCACAGGAGACUCAAAACCGUCUCUCACCGACAGGAGUCUCACCAGGAGACUCAUCACACAGAAACGCCGUCUCACCAGGAGACUCAUCAGUCUCACCAGGAGACUCAUCAGACAAAGACUCAUCAGACAGCCACGACUCAUCAGACAGCCACCGUCUCACCAGGAGACUCAUCGUCUCAGGAGACUCAUCAGACAGAAAAAUCGUCUCACCGGGAGACUCAUCAGUCUCACCGGGAGACUCAUCAAAAAUUCUCCGGGAGACUCUCAGAAAAACCAGGAGACUCAUCAGACAGAAAAAUCGUCUCUCCGGGAGACUCAUCAGACAGAAAAAUCGUCUCACCGGGAGACUCAUCAGACAGAAAAAUCGUCUCACCAGGAGACCCAUCAGACAGAAAAAUCGUCUCACCAGGAGACUCAUCAGACAGCCACGUCGUCUCACCACUGCUGCUGUGCCUGUGGACAGGAGUUCCCUGGUGCCUAUGACCUCAUGCUACACCAGAGGACUCACUAUAUAAGGAGCAGGGUACCAUGUGGGACACAUACCAUGACUGCACACCUGCAAACAUCCGCUGUAAAGAGAGAGCGUGGUCACACUGAGGAGGAGGAGGAAGGAGAGGAAGUUGGUGGAUUUAUUAAACGUGAAGAAGCAGCUUCUUGGGAUCCUCCUCAACUCGGAAUGAGUCCUGCCUCUAGCCACGGCAGUGAGGAGACCACCUCUACAUCAGGAGAACCUGAGCAACACCAGGAGAACCACGACACAGCCACGACGUCUCACCGCUGCUUUGGCUGUGGACAGGAGUUCCCUGCUGCCUACGACCUCGUGUUACACCAGAGGACACACAUAGAGAGAGGCUUCUACAAGUCUGUCUGUGGAGAGCUGUUCUACCAGAAGGAGUUACUCAAAACACACCAUCAGAAAGUUGACACAGGAAUACCUGGACAACACCGGACGAAUCCCAAAGCUAAGAAGUCUCACGACUGUGUAGUGUGUGGAAAACAACUAUGGGAAGCAAUGAAGCUGAAGAGGCACAUGAGGACACACACAGGAGAGAAACCUCACGGCUGCUCUGUGUGCGGCAGAGGAUUCACGCAGAAAGGAAAUCUGAAAACACACAUGAAAACACACAGAGGGCUGAACCCCAAAUUGUGGUCUGCUGGAGAGGCCAGUCCCUCGACAUCAGGAGAACCUAAACAACACCAGAAGAACCACACAGCUAAGACAUUUCAGAAUUGCAUAGAAUGUGGGGAGAUGUGCCGAACUCUACCAGCACUAAAAAAACACAUGAAAACUCACACCAGUAAGAAGCCGUCUUACCAAUGUUCCCUUUGCGGGGCGGAAUUCACUGAGAAAGGGCAAAUCCAAGAGCACCAGUUACAGCAUGCUGGAGAGAAGCCGUACUCCUGCCCUGACUGUGGGAAAUGUUUCGUCAAUGAAAGCUACAUUAAAAUUCACCAGCGAACCCACACUGGAGAGAGACCCUACAGCUGCCUUGUGUGUGGAAAUAGUUUCGUGAAAAAAGCAUACUUAAAAAGUCAUGUACUGACACACACUGGAGAGAAACCGUACCUUUGCUCCAUCUGUGGGAAGGCAUACAGUCGAGAAGGAACUUUCAAAAUCCACCAGAGAGUUCACACGGGAGAGAAACCGUACCUGUGCACUGAAUGUGGGAAGCGUUUCAGCUGUAGAGCGAACCUUUAUUCGCACAACAAGAGACACGCUGGCAAACCCAUAGGACCUAAACGUCAGUUAGGCAGACCGAAGCAACUGCCAAACUGACAACGGGACAAAUUAACUUGUGUCGCGUCUCUCCUGAUCACCAACAAAAUAGUUAUGUUCCAUCUUGAUUAUGCAUUUCUCAUAAACGGACAUAAAACAAUACAAUAUUAAGCAUCUGUGGACGUCUGAAAGACUGAAGAUUUGUCAGCACCUGGACCUAAACGGCAGUUAGACAGACCCAAGCAGCUGCCAAACUGACAAUGGGACAGGACAAAUGAAGAUAUCUCAGCACCUGGACCUAAACAGCAGUUAGACAGACCCAAGCAGCUGCCAAACUGACAAUGGGACAGGACAAAUGAAGAUAUCUCAGCACCUGGACCUAAACGGCAGUUAGACAGACCCAAGCAGCUGCCAAACUGACAAUGGGACAGGACAAAUGAAGAUAUCUCAGCACCUGGACCUAAACAGCAGUUAGACAGACCCAAUCAGCUGCCAAACUGACAAUGGGACAGGACAAAUGAAGAUAUCUCAGCACCUGGACCUAAACAGCAGUUAGACAGACCCAAGCAGCUGCCAAACUGACAAUGGGACAGGACAAAUGAAGAUAUCUCAGCACCUGGACCUAAACAGCAGUUAGACAGACCCAAGAAACUGCCAUGGGGGAAACAGUGCUGGUUAAAUUAACUUACGCAGUGACUUCAUUUUGUCUAAGACAUCACAGCAGAGUUGAAAAAUAUAUGGCCCGUGGAAAUCAAGAGAGUGGUGGUCUAUAGAGAGAGGUGGUCUAUAGAGAGAGGUGGUCCACAGAGAGAGGUGGUCUAUAGAGAGAGGUGGUCUAUAGAGAGAGGUGGUCCA